AUGAAUAAUACUGGAAACUCAACACACCAUGAGAAGCAGCCCAAGAGAAUGUUCAAAUUCAUAUCUUCAAUGAUGAAGACCAUAAUCAGUUUUAGCAGAGAUUUCUGUAAUGAGACCAGCAUGCAUGGCUUCAUCCAUAUAGCAGCUCCAAGAAGACAUUGGAUCGAGAGACUUUUAUGGGUUGUGGUGACUGUCCUAUGUGUUUGGGGUGCUCUGGACGUGGCCCUGGGUCAACUGCAGCGGUACAAUGAGUCCCCCACGGUGGUGACUUUGGAGAAGGACUUCAGAUCCUGGGAUUUCUUUUUACCAGCUCAAACUUUGUGUUUUAAUAAUCGAGUUGACAGCAAGAAGCUACCAGCAGUAGUUAAGAAGUACUUCGGAGUGGAACCCUCGGAUGACCAGUACCAGUCCUAUGUAAGGUUGGUGAAAGCCAUCGCCAAUUCUGACAUCCUCCACCUCCAGGGUUUCCAGGAGUUUGGUGAUAUGGAGACCAGCGUCGAUAUGUUUGGUGUAGCUGUUGAUAUAAUGCCAGAUAAUCUGAUCAAGACGAAGUCCUCAGACGGAGUCGCGUACCCGUGGAUACCCGUGAUGACGGAGGCAGGAGUCUGUCAUACUACAAACUGUUUGGCGGUCGCUGAUGUAGCUGUCGGCCCCCUGAAGCCAAACGCCACCGCAGGUUGGCCUGGUAGCUGUACCUACGCUUCUCUAAGCUGCUUCAUCAUCACGGACAUCCCUGCCAACGGGAGGUUCUACGUCCACUCCCCAUACGACGUCAUGGAUCUAUCGGUGGGCUGGACAGACAUCAUACUGACGUUGGUACGAACUACGGAGCUGAGUGUCAUGGAGUCUAGAUGUGGAAGGGGAGUCAAGGAUCUGAGUCCCUCCCGACGAGGAUGCUCCUAUAUGGAUGAGCCGAGAUUGAGUGGGCGCAAGGUUCACAGUACAAACACAUGUCGACUCGCAUGCAGGAGUAACCUGGCUAAAGAAUUAUGUAACUGUGUUCCUUUCUACUACUUUUACGAUGAUGGUCCACCCUGCACGCCAAAAGGCAUGUGGUGUUUAGCCAACAAUGCCCACAAACUGUUGAGGAACAACGACAAGAAAUGUUCCUGCGUCCCUCAGUGCAUGGACUGCAAUUAUAAGGAGAUGACUGUUGAAGAUCAGAUCUGGCGUAACCCUCCAUUCAACCUGCACGGCUCCAUAAAGUACUCCGUGCAAGCUCCUCAGACCAGGUACACCAGGGAGAUCGUGUUCCACUUCCAAGAUCUCGUUGGCAAGUUUAUUCAUGAAUAUGUUUGUCAGUGGUGUCUAAAUAAUCCUAGAAAGUACAUAUAA